AAGUGUAGAUGCUUCAGCAUUAUCUAUAUGUGCAUUUUCUGUUGAAAGAUGGGUUGGAAUUUGUUAUCCAAUGCGUGCACAUUAUAUGUGUACUAUUAAAAGAGCAAUUAAAAUUAUUACUGGAAUAUGGAUUUUCACAUUAACAUAUAAUAUACCAUGGAUAUUUAUGAGUACUACAGUUAAACAAUAUUCAGAAUAUGGUUCAUUUGAAACGUGUACAUUUAAAUUUAAGCGAACAGCUUAUAAAGCUAUUUAUAUGUGUGAUUUAAUUGUAUUUUAUGUUUUACCAUUACUUAUUACAUCAGUAAUGUAUUGUCAAAUAAGUUGGAGGUUAUUUCGUACAGACAAUAAAGGAAUAUCUCUUGUUGGACAACAUAUAAAUUUUAAUCAAAUUAUAUCAUCAAGUAAAACAGAACGUUCUUAUGCUACGAUUAGUGAAACACAACACAAUUUGAAAUUACGUAAAGUAAUUAACAGAGUAAGAGCCAGAAGACAAGUAGUAAAAUUGUUAAUGAUUAUUGUAGUGUUAUUUGCAUCCUUCUGGUUACCAUACCGCUCAAUGGUUGUAUACAAUAGUUUUUCACUUCAUGGAUAUCAUGAUCUAUGGUUUCGCAUGUUUUCACGUAUUAUGGCAUUCUUAAAUUCAGCUGUCAAUCCAAUUUUGUACAAUGCUAUGUCACGUAAAUUUCGUCGUGCAUUAAAACGUCUAUUAAAAUGUCAUAAAGUAAUAUAAAUAAAAAUGCAGUUUCUAUUAGAAAACUCAACAAUACACUACAUAU